CAAAUCCUCAUUUCAUCUGAUUGGUCCGUUUGAAAUUUGGACCGCGUCUUGUUGUUGUAUGAAGUUAGCGAAAACACACGGAAUAAUUAUCUUUAAACGAACCUAAUGUCCCAAAUACAACAGCCAGAAUGAUGGAAUCGUGCCUGAACACUAAGGCUGAGCGACGGGACCAUGUGGUGGUGGAAGACUUGAGGAGAGAUCUCGUAUCAGAGUUCGCCACAUUAACUUACCCACAGCUUUCCAGCGCCGACGAGCAGGAACACCUGAAGGUUUACCUCCGCAUCCGACCCUUCAGCGCAGCAGAGAGCCACAAUGGAGAGUCUCAGGACUGUGUGACUAUUGAGCCCCCGGACACAGCUUUACUGAAGCCUCCGAAACUGUCCCUUUCAGGGAGGCAUAGUUCGGACAAAUCUCUUCCUCAAACUGGACAACGCUUCCAGUUCUCCCAGGUUUAUGGUCCUGAGACUUCACAGAAAGACUUCUUCCAGGGAACAGUGAAGGAUUUGGUGAAAGACGUCCUGGAGGGAGGGAACUCUCUGGUUUUCACUUACGGGGUCACCAACGCCGGCAAGACCUUCACAUUCUUAGGUCCAGAUGCUGAUGCUGGCAUUCUGCCCCGCACCCUGGAUGUUAUCUUCAGCAGCAUCGGUGAGCAGGUGUUCAACGGGACGAGCAUCAAACCUCAGCGAUGCAGAGAGUUCACCAGACUCAACGCGGAGCAGCAGGCCGAGGAAGCCGCCUUCAAGAUACGCUUCUUCAGACAAUUUAAAGAGAAUGAGAGGAGCAAUGCCAGCCUGCAGAACUCCACCAACAAGUCUCUCUUUGAAGGCACCUCCAUGAUGGAUACUUCAGAGCAGAGGAUCAAUCUGGAAGUGGACACAAACACAAAGUUCUCUGUUUGGGUUUCUUUCUGUGAAAUCUACAAUGAGAACAUUCACGACCUCCUGGAGGCGGCACCCAGCGGAGCCAUGAAGAGGAUCAAUCUGCGCCUUUCACAGGACAUCAAGGGCAACUCCUUCGUCAAAGAUCUGCGCUGGGUUCAGGUGAAUACGGCAGAAGAAGCUUAUAAAGUGUUGAAGCUCGGCAAAAAGAACCAGAGUUUCAGCGAGACCCGACUCAACUUCCUGUCCAGCAGGAGUCACAGUAUUUUCUCCAUUCGGAUACUGAGGAUUGAAGACAUUGGGACUCUGCGGGUCCACACAGUCAGCGAGUUGUGUCUGUGUGACCUGGCUGGAUCGGAGCGGUGUGCAAAGACUCAGAAUAAAGGAGAGCGCCUGAAAGAAGCCGGGAAUAUUAAUAUGUCUCUGCUGAUCCUGGGAAAAUGUCUCAACGCACUGCGACACAACCAGCAGGCCAAGCCGCUGCAGCACGUUCCCUUCAGAGAGAGCAAACUCACCCACUACCUGCAGAGCUUCUUCUGUGGGAGAGGGAAAGCCUGCAUGAUCGUCAACAUCAACCAAUGCGCCUCCAUGUACGACGAGACCCUCAACGUCCUCAAGUUCUCUGCUGUGGCCCAGAAGGUGGUCGUCCUGUCGUCUCGUUUGCCUCCCAUCGCUCCCAAGAGGUCGGGGUGCGAGGUGUCCAUCAUCAUCAACACCGCUGACAGGGAUCGGCCCGGCAACCGGAGGAGCUCCCUGAUUGGCUGGGAAACCAGCCUAGAGGAUGUCCAGGAGGAUGAGGAUGACGAGGAUGAGGAAGAUCAGAGCCUGAUGGAGAGCACGAUGGAUCAGACGUGCGACGAAGAGGAAAUCACGCAGCAGGUGAAGCAGCUGCAGGUCCAGCUGCAGAAGGAAAGAGCGGAGAACCUUCUGAUGGAGACUCGGGUCAGAGAGGAAAUCGACAAAGAAUUCUCCGAGCUCUUCUCCAAGAUGGAAAACGAUUACAAGGAGCGCCUGUCGAGGGACAAAGAGAUCCUGGAGGAUAGAGCAGAAACUAGGAUGAAGAUAUUCAAGAAUCUCAUCGACACGAUGGCCGACGCUGGACCCGGGCAAGACGCAACAGCAAUGGAUGUGUUGGCUGCCUGUGAGGAGGAGAGGAGAGGAAGAGAGGAAGCCAUCUCUGCUCUGGAGAUCAUAACUACAGGAAGAGAGGAGGCUCUGGCAUCUUUCCAGAAGGAGAGAGGAGUCAACGAGAAACUCCUAGAAUCUGAGAGGACAGCGAAGGAAAAGGCCGUUGCAGAGCUCUCAGAAGAGAGUAAACAAAGGAUGGAGGUCGUUGCUUCUCUCUGUAGAGAAAGAAGAGUUGGACAGGAGGCUGAGAUUCGCCUGGAGAUGGAGAGGAAGGAGGUGAGACGACUAAUGGAGGAAAGAGAAACACUCCAACAGGAAGUCAGAGAGAAGACGUCUAGGCUGGAAACCAGCGAGCAGCAGGUGACCAGUGUGACGGUGAGAACAACUGAACAACUGGAGCAAAACCGCAAGGAUUUGCAGCAGAAAACCUCCCAGGUUCUCGCCCUGACACAGGAAGUGCAAAGCCUGACACAGGAAGUGCAAAGCCUGACACAGGAAGUGCAAAGCCUGAAACAGGAAGUGCAAAGCCUGAAACAGGAAGUGCAGACUUCAGCCACGUCUGAUGAUCAACUGAGAGAAGAAGUGUCCGAGCUCAGGAAGAACCUGGCCGAGGAAAAGGAGAACAAUGAGAGACAAGCAAAAGAACAACAACAACAACAGCAGCAAAAUCAACAAGAAGCAGCUUUAAAACAACAGAUUGAAGAUCUUAAGAAGCAGCUUCAGGAGCUGGAGGAGAUGUUGCAGCAGCCACCGGAGGAAGCACACGAUGCUGAAGACGUGAAACAGCUGAGAGAACACAUCCUGGCAUCAAAGGAGUUCAAUGAGAAGCUGCGAGAACAGGAAGUGGAAUCCCAAAAGCAUCUGGAUGAGUUCAAACACAAACUGAGUGUGCAGGAAACGACCUUCUGCGAGACCGUAAACGACCUCAAGUUAAAGCUCAGUGAGCAGGAGCAAAGCACGGAGUCGCUUAAAGUGCAGCUAGAAGAAGCUAAGCUAACAGAAUCAAACCUCUCCGUCUCCUCCGCUGCUGAAGAAGAUCUGAAGAGGCUGAACUCUGAUCUGCAAACUGACAUCACGUCCCUGAAGGCAAAGGUUUCAGACAUGGAGGAAAGCAGGACUGCAUCUCAGCUGCUGGAGAAACAGCUGCAGGAGAAGCUAGCAGCGGUGACCAAAGGGUCCGCAGAGAGAGAGGCAAAGAUGGCCUCCCUGAAGGAGCGUCGGGAGGAGGAAGACAUCCAAACGCUGCAGGAGAACAGACGGAAAGAGGCGGAGAGACGCAGGGAAAUGAUGGCCGUCGCUUAUGAAGCCAUCGCUCAGAAAGACGAGGAGCUGGAGAAGAGAGGCGAGGAAAUCAACAGACUAAAAGAAAGCACCAAGCAGGACUCGGACAAAGUGAAGAGUCUGAGCGUCGACCUUCAGAGGAAAGAGGACGACUCGUCAGACCUCACAGAGAAACUGGCCGACUACAAAAAGCAGAUCCAGCAGGUCCAGAAGGAGAUCUCGGCCAUGAGAGAAGAGGAGAAGCUUUCGAAGCAGAAGCUGACCGACAUGGAGAAAUCCAAGAGGCAGCUUCAGUCUGACAUCGCCAGCAGAGACAGAACCAUCCAGACACUCAGAGUGGAACAAUCCUCUGACUCCAAGACUGCCUCGCUCCACCAGAAAUCCUGCACAGACCUUGAAGCCACGCAGCGUGUGAUGGAGGAUAUGCGUCUGGCUCUGACGGAGCAGGAGGAGACGCAGGACCAGAUGGAAACCGUCCUGGAGGAGAAACUCACCGUCAUCCAGGAGCUCUCCAGCGAGGUGGAGAAGUUGAGAGGGAUGUUGUUGCAGCAGGAUCGCCGUGGAAACGAUGCAAACGAUCCAACAACCGGCCAAUCGGAUGACCUCAAACGGGCCAAACAGGAAGUGGCCCAGUCACAGGAACGCUUCAAGCUGUGUGCGGAGAAACAUCAGAGCGAGCGCAGGAAGUGGCUCGAUGAGAAGCUGCUCCUGAUUGGCCAGGCUAAAGAGGCGGAGGACAAGAGGAACCAGGAGAUGAGGAAGUUCGCUGAAGACCGAGAGCGGCACGCCCGACAGCAGAGCCAGCUGGAGUCGUUGUCCUCCCAGCUGGCGGAGAAGGAGCAGCUGAUGGAGAGAUGGAGGAAGGAGAGAGACACUAUAGUCUCAGCUCUGGAUGUCCAGUUACAGAAGCUGCUCUCCAGCCAAGUGGAGAACGAGAAGCUCAUCCAGCAGCUGCAGAGCAAGAGCACACACACACCAGCAGAGUCUGCUGAGGGUGAAGGUGUCAUGGCGGAGAUUCAAGCGGCUCUUUCUGAACGAGACUCUGAGAUCCUGAGACUGAAGGAAGAGCUCGAUGCUGCAAACAUCAAACAGGAGGAAACACAGAUCAAAACCACUGAAAGCGAAAGCCCUGCAACAUUGGUUGGGAAACCCCAGAGUGAAGGCAUCAAGAGGAAGUCAGGAGGAAGGCGGGACAACAGACUGUCCGUCAGCAGCCAGAGCUCCAAUGGCUACCCGUCAGUUUUGGACGCCUCUGAGAUUUCCACGGAGAACGGCAGGAUGAGUCGUUUCCCUCGGCCGGAGAUGGAGAUUUCCUUCAGCCCUCUGCAGCCGAACCGCCUGGCUCUGAGGCGCCAAGGAGAGGAAAACUCCGUCACCGUCAAAAUCACCCGGUCGUCACGCAAGAGGAAGAGCGUGGAGAUGGAAAAGCUAAGAAGAUGAUGAGUCUGGUGAGCGGUCGUGGUGACUUAGAAUCAGCUUCCUCCUCGUCUUCAUCGCUCAGCCUGAGACUCAAGAAGAGCAAAAGGAAACUGUACAGACCUGAGAUCUCCACCCCGAUUGACAUGCCCUCCCAUCCAAUAAUCAGCAGAAGGUCGGAGGAGAAAGAGAGCGACCAUCAGAUCAUCAAGAGACGUCUUCGCACGCGGACGCCUAAACAUUGAGCCUCCUUAUGUACUCACACUCUGACCAGAUGAAGGAAGCAUUAGGCUAUCUUCUUAAUUUAUAUUUAAUCUAAAAAGCGCAUAUUUGAAUAGUUAAAUAGGGAGGUUUUAGAAGAGGUAGAAUCACUAACUGGUUAUAAGGUUAAAGAAUGUUCUCACUGAUGACGAUGUUUUACAGAAUGCUGGUUUAUUUCUUUACACUACUUAUAAGGAAUUCUACAAAAGAUGCUUUUUUGUUUGCCAUCAAAUGACUCCAGAAUCCCACUGUGUAUAUCCACUGUUUAUCAUUUACACCUUUCUCUUAACUCUUAUGUGCAAUUGUCUUAUCCUAAUGUGUGGUUAUGCUGGAGUCGAGUUGCUUUUUGUUAGGUUCCUUCAAACCUUACUGAAUGCUUCUGUGACACGUCACUGAUUUUACUUUCUAGAAUAAUCAAAGCUGCUCUUAGAGCUCCGGGAAGUUCACAUUGUUUAACGUUUAUCCCAUCGGUUUAGAUAAGACGUUUAUAGAAGAGGAUUAAGGCCACAUUUUUUUUUAGAUCUGACCAAAAGUGAAUUCUGGAAAAAGUCAGAUUUCUUUUUCUAAGAAUUGAGAAAAGUAACUCAGAUUUAAAGUCGAAAUGUUUCCUUUUUUUUCAAAUGUUCUUUUUGUAUAACCGUUCAUAUAGGACGUUGUUUUGAAACCCAACACUCUUGAUUUUGUCUCGGAAUUCAAAUUAGAAUCUAAAAAUUCAGUGACUUUUUUCUCAGAUCUGAGAAAAAAGUCACUGUCGGAUAUAAAAAAAAUCCACAUCUGGCUCUUCCGUUUAAGUUAGAUAUUCGAGACGCUGUAUUAUAUUUUGUAUCUAUCUGUACAUCAACACGACUAACUGAACUCUCACUGCACUUUAUUCUUUAUUUCUAACAAUCUUAGCCCUGAACCAGGAAUCCUCUGUUUUACUGAAACUCGUUUCUUCAGCUUUAGAGCGUGUUUUUGUUUCUCGCUGAAGGACAGCCGAGAGUUCCUGAGGUUCAUCACAACAUGCCGUCUGAAAUUGUGCACUUUUCUCUUGAUUAUUAUUGUUAUCAUGUUUUCCUCCUUUUUGAAACCUUGUUCUCAAAGUCUUAUCAGUCAUUAAAAUACGAGACUGCUUCUAAUA